UGUAAAUAGAAUUGCAGAGAGCCAUGCAAGAAACUUGUCGUUUCCAGUUUCAAAACGCCUAGCCUUUUUAAUAUUUUUUUCUAUCUUCCCCCGUUCUCUAAUUUUGGAAAUCCUUUCUUUCUCUUACUCCCCAAAUUAAGCUUUCUCUUCUCUUAGUAAUCAAAAGCAGGAUAUUUAAAUUCAAACCCAGAAGUGGUUGGUCAUUUUUUUCAUUUGUUCUAACAAAGGUUGAAUUGAAAAAAUCGUUUCUUUUACUGGGUUUUUGAGGAGAAACUGAAACAGCGCAGAGAGGAGAAAAAUGGGUAGGGGGAAAAUAGAGAUAAAGAGAAUAGAGAACGCUAACAGCAGGCAAGUUACAUUCUCCAAGCGGCGUGCGGGUUUGCUUAAGAAGGCUAAGGAACUCGCCAUUCUCUGUGAUGCUGAGGUUUCUGUCAUCAUUUUCUCCAAUACCGGCAAACUUUUCGAGUACUCCAGCUCUGGCAUGAAGAAAACAUUUUCCAGAUACAACAAGUGUGUGCAAGGUUCUCCAGAGAGGCCUCUAAUGGAACAUAAAGCAGAGAAACAAGACUCUAAGGAAACAGAAAAUCUGAAGGAUGAAGUUGCAAAGCUGCAAAUGAAACAAUUACAGCUGUUGGGUAAGAACUUGACCAGCAUGAGCUUGAAAGAGCUUGACGUCCUGGAGCAGCAGCUUAGUGAAGGGUUGUUAUCUGUGAAGGAGAAGAAGGAACAAGUGCUUAUGGAACAGCUAGAGCAAUCGAGAGUACAGCGGGCAUUGCUUGAGAAUGAAACUUUACGCAGACAGGUUGAGGAGCUAAGAGGUUUCUUUCCAUCAGCUGAUCACCUGUCCCGAUCCUAUCUCGAACACUAUCCCGUCGAAAGGAAAAAUACUCUCAUGAGUCUUAGUAUUCCCAGUCCAGAUGGCACCUGUGCUUGCACUGUUGAAAAGGGAGAUUCAGACACUACCUUGCAUUUAGGGUUGCCAAGUGAUUAUCCCAAAAGAAAGAAACCCGAAAGAGAAAGCCGUUCCAUUAACUCAGAGAGCCAAUUGGGGCAGUUUGAUUCUUUCUGUAACUCCGUCCCCUUGGUCCCUAACAGAGAUGACAAAACUUAGAUAUGGGAUUGGGGGGCCCUAACAGAGAUGACAAAACUUAGAUAUGGGUAUGGUACAAUCGAGUCUAGUUCGGUAGUUCUUUUAAAGAACCCUUUGUUCGAAUCACAGUGAAGUUAUAGAUGUUUCAUAUCAGUAUAUUGGAUGUACUUUUAGUAUCAACAGUUAUUGGGGAAAAAGAGACUAUAUUCGCAAAUAGGCUUUCCUUUUGUAUC